AUGACGUUCCUUUUAAAAUUCUUAAUAAUGAGUGUCUGUGCAAUUCUUACGGCGUUCAUAUGGAGAGAUACAUUUGAGACAGAGUCCUUACGAGGUGCCAGGGUGCUGGUGACAGGUGCCAGUACGGGUAUCGGUGAGCAGAUGGCAUAUUACUACGCCCGUUUCGGCGCCCAAAUUAUCAUCACUGCAAGGAGAGAAAAUGUCUUGCUUCAGGUGGCGGAGAAGUGUCUCAGUAUGGGAGCACAGAAAGUGCUUUACAUAUCAGGGGACAUGGCAGAGCAGUCUGAUCCUGCCAGAGUGGUGAGGUUUGCCGUGGAUAAACUAGGGGGAUUGGACUACCUUGUACUGAAUCACAUUGGAUCCAGUCCGUUUGCAAUGUGGGAUGGAGACGUGGAACAUACUAGAUGGUUACUACAGGUGAAUUUCCUAAGCUACAUUCAGAUGACCUCGGCAGCUUUGCCUUCCCUGAAGCAGAGUGGGGGCUCCAUCAUUGUUGUGUCCUCCUUGCUUGGGAAGAUGUCCACACCAUUUGCGGCACCAUAUACUGCCACUAAGUUUGCAUUGAAUGGCUUCUUUGGGACAAUGUAUCAUGAACUGGCCAUGCAAAGAGCCAACGUGUCACUGACCAUCUGUACCCUGGGGCUGAUCGACACAGAGUCUGCAAUGGAGAAAGUCAGGGGCUACACAAACAUCACUGCUUACCCAGCCGCUGAGGCAGCUCUGCAGAUAAUCAAAGCUGGGGCCUUGCGGCAGAGGGAGGUCUUCUACCCUUGGUUCACCUUCUACGUCACUCUCAUCAAGGACUGGUUUCCUUUUUUCACAGACCUUAUAAUCCAGAAUUUCUACUCCUAUGAACCUUGA